AUGGGCCGGCAAGCCUACCUGGCUAAGAUUGCUUUCGGGCGAUCGGCCUUUGAGCCUGCUGAACAAGUCACAGAGUCAGAGGAGUACAUACAGAUUGGUGCCUCUCAGCCCGACGAGCCUCUGCCUCGGCGAUAUCGUGAAGCCACUGCCAACAACUACAUUCAACUGUACGACGAGCGCGGCAAUCCCAUCAACCCGCGCUCUCAUACAUACGGCAAGAAACUCAGAGAUGCUCAGAAUGAUGUGCUAGCUUCUGUGGGUGUGGUGGAGAGGCGAAGGUCUCCGUCCGAGGCGCUUCCUGGCUCCUACGGGGAGCGGCUCGAAGAGCUCGAGUCUGAAGAGACAGCGGGCAAUACACUCGCACUAGCAUCGACUGUCGUCGAAAAUUUGUGUACCUGGUGGAUCGGUACCAUCAGAGAUCGCAUACUAACCUUCCGAAUCCCAGUUGCGAUUCCGUACGUUCAGAUCGUGGCCUCCGAGCGCGCCGCUUCGGGUAACUCCAUCGCGUACACUGGCUUCACUUCUCGAUUGGUCUCCACAAUUGGCAUCCAAACUCUCGUCUACUGUGCAUACGUCUACCAGCCCAUCGAACGCUUGGUACAAGCCACGCGCGCGAGCGCUAAGACGCGUCGCUUCAUACGACGUUCGAGGGGCGUGUUGACAUUUGGGUUCCGCUUAGCCCUCGAAGUCGUUUUCUAUCCUUUCUCUUACCACGCGAAUUUGCAAAGGCUAGGACUGAUUCCAGCACGACCCUUGCUGCCCUACUGGAAAUCCUUCAUCCCUCUUUCACCGUGGUCACCUCUCACGCCACUCUCAAUCCACCACAAUGUAUCGGACUCCGCCAUGGGUGCUGUGAGGACGAUUUUGACAUCUCCCAUGGUACUGAUCAUUGCGGAGCACUUCUAUGAGCGCUGGAUAUACUCUGCAAUCUUCGAAGCUGUGGAAACUUUCAUCAUUCGACCCGACAAUGCAGAUAUAGAGAGUCCAGACGCCAUCAGUAAAGAUCGUGCUACCUCUAUACUGGGCUUGCAUCGGAGAUCGCAGCCUCUCAUACGGAACACUGUUCACAAACUACUCAUGUUGCUUGGCUGGAGCGAGACGGAAAGAAGACCGCUGCCAGAGUCUAUACUGGGUGGUGUGCAGAACAUAGAGACUGGUAGUGCGCAGAUCACAAACCUAGUGCCUCUCCAUGUUCCCAUCUCCCAUACGGACGGACCUGCAACCGACGGCGUCAACGAAAAUGUCGCCACUGUAGCUGUUGAGGAUGCACACGAUCGGAUACGUCCAGCUACGCCACCAACACCCACGGUCUCUGAUCACGACGACAAUGACCCAAGGAUUAGGAUUACUUCGCGCGAGGGAAUCGUGGAGAUGGAAGUACGACUACCGGCACGAAUCAUCUCUUCGCACAGCGAAGUCGUUGACGCCCAACCAACCUCUGCGAGACACAACCAUGAUGCGUCGCGGGCUAGACGUCGCCAGCCAGCAUCUCGACCACACCAUCGCGUUACCCAGCUUUCCACAGAACCUUCACAGAUGAUAGGCGCCAUUGUCAAGGCGCAGCUUGUUGGACUUGCCGUUCUGCCGUUCAAGCUUGUUGUCCUUCGACUGGUAGCAUCUCACUACCUCGCUAGUCAGACACACAAUGGCAUUGUACCACGAUUUGUCGAACCGCUUUCCGCCACUAGCGACCUAAGCUUGCGAGCCAUUGGUACCGGAGUAUCGCGGUUAGCGCUCUGUGGAGCUCUCGAACUGGCGAUCGACCUCAGUCUUUGGAGCGCGCAAUACCUGGCUGUCACUACCGUUGGCAAGCGUCUUUUCGGAUGGGGCCAUCUCUAG